AAGCCACACAACCAUCAACAAGCCAGUCAAAGAGUUGAGCAAACAGCUGCAGCAGCCACAACCAAACCAACAGUUGCCAUCGUAGCGCAGGGGUACUUACGUAGCGGCGCAAGGCUUUCCAUUUCUUCAGUUUGUUAACGAAACGCAAACGAUGCAGACGCGCAUCCACGGUAGCUGCGGCAAACAAACGACUAACUAACUGUUUUGCAUACAAAAAAUUGUAACUCAAUUGUAGAACUGCAUUACUGGAUUUUAAAGUGUGUGUACAUUUUCGUUGUUUACUUGUUGUUUUGUGGCAUCGACUAGUAAAAGUGACUUCCUCGUGCACCUUUCGAUUCGAAGUGUUUGCGAUUUGCGCAUAAAACAAUUAUUCGAGUAAAUCGUAGCAAAAAUAAGUGAGCAGAAUUGCUUUCGAUACUGCGUUGGUAGUCAAAGCCAGUGGUGUGUGUCCAACCAGUGGCUGCAAGCGGAUUAGAAAUCUGCGCAACGUAGCCAGUAUUUCACCAAACUCCACCAGCCGCCACCCACCGCAGUUGGCGCGCAUGCUUCGAAGCCAUUGACGCCUGGCGCAUUUUUUUUGCUCUCGCUCGAAAUUUUCGCCACUUGCAGUGAAUGCACGAUACGCGAAAAGCCAAACAAAGUGCAACGCGGUGAAAAUCGUUUUCGUUUUUCCUGGCAACGUUCGUACACUUAAAGCGCGCAGCGAGCAUUUAAGCGCAAAAAGUCGGCGCAUUUUCUUUAACUCUACUAAUUUACAGACAAAGUGUUACUUUGCGUUUGAUGGCUUAAUUAGUUGCAAGCGCAAAUGAAAAUAAACAAACAAAACGCAAACUUUUUUCGAAAAAGUGUGCAAGAAAUCCGAAGCUGCGCAGAACUCUGUAAAUAAUUAAUACGCGAAAAAGAAAGCAAAAGCGCUAAACAGUAGCUGCCAAAGUAAAGCAAAAAAGUUAAAGCGAAAAACCAAAAAACAUAACUGUAAAAAGUAGGUGAAACUCAAGCGGAAAUUGCAAAAAUUAAAUUUAUUAGCAAAAGCAAAAACAAAACGCAAAUUCUGCACGCGUGUGUCUGUGUGCGUUGUGCGCAAGUGAAAAGCUCUGCAGCAAACGGCAAAGCAUUGAUUCUAGUAACUGAAGAUUUAUUAACUGUACGUUCUGCAUUAUUUGUGUCAGGAAGUCAGGAACACGCAGGCGAUAUAUUUACAGUGAUUUCGUAAAUUUGGUUUCGAACGCUUGGCACGUACUUGAGUUUAUGGCCCAACAAUGACCCGACAACAGCAAACGUUUAACACCCCAAGCAGCGCGUUGAUCGCUUGCCUCUGUGUGUGCUUGUUCGCGCAUGCGCAGGCAGCUGAAAAAUGGUCACGUCAAUUGGAACCGACCUCACCCGGCGUCUCCGACUCGUUCGAUUGGGUGCCGCUAGCGCAACCAGUGGACAGCUCGACUGCCAAAGAUCGUUCAGCGAAUGCGCGUGUGCUCACCUACUCACAGGCUUUUCCGCCCAAUGGUCGCUUUGGUGAUUUGCCAAAGCCGCAUAAUCCACCAGCGCCGCAACAGCAGCCUUUCGAUUUCCCAUACCAAUUUCAACGCUUCGUAAAUCAGCCACAAUCGCGUCCACAAGUCGGUUCGCCUUUCGGUGCGUCACCGCUAAAGGCAUCCGCACUACAAGGCGGCGAACCGACUUCACAGUCUUUCUUCAAAUUUGAAAUGCCUUUCCGUACAGAUGGUGGUAAUCGUGAUGUUGGCGCCACCGGGCCAAGCUCACUGCAGACCGGCUAUCAGAUACAACACACUUUUGGUGGUGGCGGCGCACAAGCGACACUCUUCAGUUCACCAUUAUACAAUCAGCAACCGGUGUUCCCACCAGAAUUCCAUCCAAUACCACAGAAACCCAUUCAGCAACCUUUGCAGAAACCGUUGCCACAACAGAAUUACAUCGAAGAUAGCUUCCCGGCUAAGAAUAUUUAUCGCGAGUCUAAACCGAAUCCAACGCAGCAAUCUUUGCAAAGCGUUACGCCACAAGUAUUCCCUGCCGACCCACCAGUGGAGCAGUUCUUCGAUUUGAAUAAACCGCAAUCUGGCUACAACGGACAAAUACCUUCGUAUCAACAACCGGAAAGCUUACCAACAGCGCCCUUCCAACAAAGCGCACCGACCGCACCCGCCUUGGCGCCCAACAGCAAUGCUGGCAAUCCACAAGAUGUACAGUUGUUGUAUGUGCCAUAUGACACGCUCUAUAAUCAGCAAAAACCCGAGUCGCAAGCUUUCGAAGUGAACAAAUACAAUGUGAAUCCGUCACUGCCCACGGUUAAUCCAUUCCAAAUCAAUAAUUUCUAUACGCAAGACACGCUUGGUUCGCUGGAUCAACAGAACUAUUUUACAUCAGCGCCCAGUACGAGCACGAGCCGCCCCAAGACCACCACACUCAAGCCGACAACUAUUUUCCAGAAUUAUGUUAAUCCUCAACAGCAACUAACUACACCACGUCCGAAACCGAAGGCUCAUCAACCACCACUUGCUAUGUUCUUGGUGCGUAACUCAGCGCGUCCCACGCAAGCCGAUGUUGUUUCAGCACUACGUCACUCCAACACAAUCGCUGUUGUCGAUGCGCCCACCAAGAAGAUACCAGAGAUAUUCGUCGGUCCAGCUGGUAUGUCGACACCGGAAGGUUAUGCGAAGUUUGAGCUACCCUAUUUGUCGCAACUCGCACAAAACCGUGAGCUGCGUGAGAUACCUUUCUUUGUAGCGCCGCUUAGUUACCGCACACCCAGCGGUUUCAAUAAGAUCCUUCUGCCUGAGCCACAUGUUGGCUCAAUCGUCAUAAAUCUCGCCAAAAGCAAUAGCGCCACACAAGAAAUUGUGAGCCAGCCAGCCAAGCCAAGCGUAGUUUAUAGCCAAAACGAUGUUAAUCAGUAUCAGCCACCACAGCCCACACAGCGUGUGCGUCCACAACGUGUCAAGCAACCAUCAACCACCAAGGACUACUAUCCAGCGCUGAAUGAGCCAGUGCAGAAACCACGCGAUCAAUUUGAGAUCACCACUCAACGUUCCACACUGGCGCCUACACGCGGCAACAAAUUUAACUACUUCUACAAUCAAGAUGCCAUACGCGAGGUCAACUCACCGAAAGUCACCAAACUUGAUCGCCCAAAGAAGAAACGUCCACAGCACACAGUUCAACAACAACAGCAGCAACCAAUUGAACAACCUGCUUUCACACAAACCAUUAACAAUCCUUAUGCUCAAUUCCAACCAGCACCUAACCAGAUAAUCAAUGAUGACAUCUACAAAGUUCAGCCCAACCGUCCAGCGCCCAGCACUUCCACUUCCACAAGCACCACAACUAGCACGACUUCAACGACUGCUGCACCAGCACAUACCUUCUUCACAUACAAUCCCAAUGGACAGGUUGAUUAUCAAAACGCCAACGGUCCUCUCUACUCUUUCGGUACCAUACCAAAAGAACCUGUUGAGGAGCAGCUACCACGUUUCACCACACGUCCACCCACAAGCACUACGCCAGAAGAGGAGUAUCGCAUGAAACAGUAUUUCCGUCAACAAGAUGCUUUCCGCAAUCGUCCACAAUUAGUAAAUCCCACGAAUCCACCUUUCGAGCAGGUACAAUAUACGCCUGUUGAUUUAGACUAUGAACGAGAUGCCAAUGUACCAUCCACAACUCAUAAGACCACAUCGACAACUAAACAACGUAUUACGUUCUAUUCACCGUCGCAAUCAGCGAUCUCGGGACCGGAAGAUGCAUACAAUGUGGUCUCGCCACAACGGCCGGAUGUCUUAGAACUGCAGCGCGAAAAAGAUGUACAGACUGAAUUGAAACCGCUUCGCCAGCCAGCAGCUAAUCAACGGCCUUUAUAUAAUCAAAACGAGAUUCCCGAUAGCACCGUGGAAUAUGACCCCAAUCCUUAUCACGUACCCUCAGAAUUGCCACCACUCACACCAAAUCUACCAGGACUUGUAAACAAUUUGCAAGAGAAGGACAAACAAAAUGCUAUAAGUGAACUUGCUACAACUACACCCAAUCAGCCAGAGCCAGAAUCUGAACAGCCCACACGUCCAACCAGACGUCCACUCAAUCGUGUGCGUAAGCCACUCGUUUCUAAAGUAACCUCUUCUGUAUCCUACUCAGAAACGGAAACAUCUACAAGACGUCCCGCACAACGUGUACGUCGUCCAUUUGGUUCACGCGCAACAGCCAGCACUACCAGUUCACCAGAUGCCGAGGGAGAAAUCGCACCGACAACACGCCGUCCAUCGUCUGCAGCACGUAAUCCACUUAUACGCAAUCCCAAUCGUAUACGCUACCAACCCACACAAGAGGAACGCCAAAGCUUACGUACAAAACACCGUAAGAAGUAUGGCGAAUCAGGCAAAGAUGAAGAUUUGGACUACCAACGCGAUGUGUUGAAUCAAAAUUAUCCAGUCAUAAAGCCAUUGUCAUCACGCAAACCAUCUAGUCCGACGGCAAUCCCCAGUUCUUAUGCGACAAACUACGGUUCCGAAGCACCGACAUCAGAAACUCAACAAGUGUACACGGUUACACCGAGCAAUACGAUAGAAACGAAUGAGCAGACCUUCCCAGCCGGUAUGUUGGAGCCAAUGCAAAUCGCACAACAGUACAGUCAGUACACUAAAGACAAUUUCGGACCUGGUUAUUUCCCCAAUCAAGAGGAUUUAAGUCCUACAGAACCGAUCAUACGCAAUGAGAUUAAUCCAGUAUUUACCACAUUGCCGAGUACAACAAGCACCACUACCACUACCGCAGCCCCAACAACAACCACUGAAGAACCGUUAGUUACCACAAGACGUUCGCCAUUUAUACGCCGAAACUAUCCACGUUUGCGCACUACAACUACCGAACCGCCAACCACAACAACACCGGAAACCGAAACUAAAACUUCGCUACGUCCACGCAUACCGCCACGUAAGGUGAUUAGGGUGCGUGCACGCACGCGUCGUCCACAAAUUUUAUCAUCAACCACGUCGAUUCCAGAGGAGGAAGCUGAAGUCGAAGAGCCCAAGAAUAAUUUCCGCAAAAUAAAUCGUUUCAAUCAUGAUCUGUAUGAGAACGAGGCCUCUCCACCACAAAGACGUCGUCAAAGACCGAACUUCCAACUGGAUGGUCAGGAAUCACAAUGGUCUCCGGCAUUGAAAUUUGGCGGCAAUCACCACUUCAAAGCUACUAACCCCAAGGAACAGAACAAAGAGAAAGAACAUAAGUUCGAAGAAGAGCCGGAAAUCGUAACCGUCGGACCUGAAGAUAGCAAAAAGGCGGAUAACUUUGAAGUGAAUGUAUCCGCAAGCUUUGGUGAGACAAAGCCAGCACUUAAAGAGCCUAAUCUAAAACCCGAGAAAUCAUUUGCUGAACUUCUAGAAGAAGUCAUGGGCAAGGCACCUGAAGAGAAACCACUCGAGUCGGCAGAAGAGUCUACGCAGCGUACUACUGAUGGAACCUUCUUUGAGUCGCAGAAAACCACGAUAUUCAACCGCGUCAACAGACGCAACAAAUUUAAGAAACUCAGAUUGCCCUCAACACAAAACACUGAAAGCUUCGAGACGGCCGAGUCGCAAGGUCUUGGUUCGCAACUGUACAAUUCACUCUACGGCAAGGAAAAGUCUACAGAUGAAAUAGUGAAGGAGCUUAAGACGACCACGCCACUUACACCGGUAUCCACCACAUUGACAACAACAACAAACAGUCCACUAAGUACAAUGAACACCAACGAGGCGACAACAUCGGAACCCUUAGAUGUCACAUCGUUUGCAACAACACUCGCUAUGGAUGAAGAUGUGGAUAGAAGCACAAUCGCGCCAACAGGAAAUGAAGACGAAAAUGCAACCGAAGAGAGUGCUACACGACGCAUGGAUGAAGCAGUCGAUGAUCUGGAAUCGCAACCAAGCAUAUUCUCCGAAGUCAAGAGACAACUACACGAUCUAUUCGCCAUCGACGAGUCGGAAGAUCAUGCGGUAACCGCAGCAUUGGCGGCAGUCGGCAAGCGCAGACAAGAAUACAUGAAUAUUAAACGCACCAAAGCCGAUACGACAACGCAGGCGAUGAACGCCGUAACGGAGGAAGCUACAGAACCCACAUUAUCAGCGACGGCUGUGAAAGCGCCAGCGGACGACCAAGCUAAAAAGAAUUUGAUGGACAAAGUCAUCUAUGCCACGUCCACGUCGAUGAAAGUGACAUCCGAAACGGAGAUUUGCUAUCGUGGACGUUGUAUACGCUCCGAGGAUUUGCCGGCGAAUCAUAAAUUGAAUUAAGUCGGGAAGCGCUCAGCGCAAGCGAAGACAAUAUGCCGCAGCGAAGUAAGAGAGGUCGAUGUACUCUCCCUUUCUCGUAUCAGCUGGUUUUUAUAUACGUAUUCAUGAAAGUAGCUUAUGCGAAUUCGUAUUCAGAGAGAAGAUUGUGAUAAUAUGAAGAAAGAAACAAUACAGCAAAAUCAAAAUUUCCAUAACUACACAAUCUGUACUUAGAACAUAACAAUAACCGACUUAAUAAGUGUAUAUUAAUAUGACUAUAUAAUGACUUAUCACCGUCGAGUUGAUGAGUUUAGCUAUGUUUGUAUGAUAGUUUGUAGAUGUUUCUGGAAUUUUCCUUUUUUCUAGUGCGCGCUGUCCCUAUGACUUUAUUGUAAUUACUUAGCUUUUAAAAUAAAGUUACGAAAAUCUAGUUUAAUUUAUAAGGGAGUAUAAAAGUUCCGAAACCUGCGACGCGUCCAGUGUGUUUUUGUUACAUUUAUCCUUCCAUUAUAUUAAUAUAAGCUUAAUUAUUAAUAAAUAUAUAUAUAUUUUGUAUGCAACAGUAAUCAAAUACUUUAUAUAAUUAAUGUAAUUAAACGAAACGAAUUAUUAAUUUUAUUUCUAAUGAAUUUUUGUAGCCACAGGAACGAGUAAAAAAAUAUAUUAUAUUGUUAUUGUAUUGUAUUAUUUUUAAUAAGUCUUAUAUGAUUGCGAAUUAAGUAGCCUUAAGUCUGUAAUAUAUUUAAUAAAACAAUAAACUUAACAAUAAUAAAACUUAAA